UUAAUUGAAGUGUUUUUUUCGUUCUAUUUUUUGCUAUUUUGGACUUAUAAGUAGCGUACUUACAAAAACCACUAUUAUAAUUGAAUUUGUUUUCAUGCAGAGAGACAGACAUUAGAGGGAAACCUUGAACGUGUGGCUUAAACUCUUACGCAUGUAACUCAUCUCAGAUCUACAAAGCCACCAUUAAACCAAGUUUUUAACUCUGUUUUUAUAUUUUUUAAUUUUGUUUGAGUGAUCAGAAUGGAGAAGAACAGUGAAAUAAUGAGUGAAUUUGAGGCACCAAAGAACAUAACCAUCAAAGGCAUUUUGAGCCUGUUAAUGGAGAGUAUUGAUGAGGAAGAUGAUAAAAGUGUAAUUUCACUUGGGAUUGGUGACCCUUCUGCUUACUCUUGUUUUCGUACUACUCCUGUUGCUCAGCAGGCUGUUAUUCAUGCUCUGCAGUCUGAUAAUUUUAAUGGCUAUGCUCCCACUGUUGGCCUUCCUCAAACUAGAAGGGCAGUUGCAGAUUACCUAUCUGGUGAUCUUCCUUACAAGUUAACAGCUGAUGAUGUUUUCAUUACAUCUGGUUGCACGCAAGCCAUCGAUGUUGCUUUGUCGAUGCUUGCUCGUCCUGGUGCGAAUAUCUUGUUUCCAAGGCCAUGCUUCCCUAUUUAUGAACUUUGUGCCGCAUUCAGGGGUCUUGAAGUUCGGCACUUUAAUCUUCUCCCAGAGAAAGGUUGGGUGGUUGAUAUUGAUGCUGUUAAAGCGCUUGCCGAUCAUAAUACUGUUGGAAUGGUUAUCAUAAAUCCUGGAAAUCCUUGCGGAAAUGUAUACUCUUACCAACAUUUAAAAGAGAUAGCGGAAACAGCUGAAGAGCUUAAAAUUCCUGUUAUUGCUGAUGAAGUUUACGGGCACCUUGCUUUUGGUAAUAAUCCGUUUGUACCGAUGGGAGUUUUUGGAUAUAUCGCUCCUGUUCUGACUCUGGGUUCUAUAUCAAAGAGAUGGAUAGUACCUGGAUGGCGGCUUGGUUGGUUUGUUACGACUGAUCCAUCUGGAAUGUUCCGGAAUCCCAAGAUGAUUGAGCGCAUUAAGAAGUACUUUGACAUUCUGGGAGGACCAGCGACUUUCAUUCAGGCAGCUGUACCUUCUAUUCUCGAGCGAACCGAUCAAGCUUUCUACAAGAAAACCCUCAAUAUUUUGAAGCAAUCUUCCGAGAUUUGUUACGAAAAGGUUACAGAGAUCCCUUGCGUCACUUGCCCGCACAAGCCUCAAGGAUCUAUGGCUGUAAUGAUAAAACUGAAUCUUUCUCUAUUAGAUGAUAUAUCUGAUGAUAUUGAUUUCUGCUUCAAAUUGGCGAAAGAGGAAUCUGUUAUCAUUCUUCCGGGAACUGCAGUGGGGCUAAAGAAUUGGUUGCGCAUAACAUUUGCGGUUGAUCCAGUAUCGCUUGAAGAAGCUCUAGGAAGGUUACAAUCUUUCUGCGAAAGGCACAUCAAGCGCAUAUACUAAAUUUCUACAUCAUCAAAUUCCGCUAGCAGUCUAAGCGAUUUAUCAAUCGUUGCAUUCCUAUUUCGACAGCAAUCAGAUAGAAAAUUUAGACCGUUAAACAUGGAUCCUAACCGGACACUGGCAGACAAGCACACAGAACAACUAGUUCACACAGUUUUUUUUUCUUUUUCUUAUGUUUACUGAUAGAACAUUUUUCAUCUGUUUUCUAAUAAAGCAAGUCUGUUCCGAACAUUGGAAGAUAUAUAAAUAAAACCUAAUGCAUGCUUUAAAGAA